GAUUAGCGGGAGGACCGAUUGACGGGCAGAUCGAGCCAGGGACAAGGCUGAACUUUGCGACGGGGGACCUGCUGGGCUCGAGGCAGCGCUCGUGGAUGAUGGGAAAGCUCCGCGGCUCCGUGAUGCCCAUGGAUCCUCUGGGCAAAAUGGGGCUGCUGUGCCAAGCGUGCGGGUUCCUCUUGGCCAACCCGCAGCAGGCGGAAUGCGGGCAUCGCUACUGCCGGAGAUGCGUGAAAGGACUCUUCAGGGACACAGAGAAAAUAGUGUCCUGCUUUACGUGUAACAAGGUCCUGCAUCUCAAGGAGUUCCACAGUGACAAAGCAGCAGAGAACGAUGCUCUUGACACCCAGAUAGCCUGCCCAAAUUUUGACUGCAGGUGGACAGGAACUCUGAAAUCAUAUCAGGAGCAUUUAUGCCUCCCUGCGGCACCUAUUGGAACUACAAAAGAUGCUACUUUAACUCCUGGAGAUCAAAUUGAGAGUAAAGAGAAGGAAGCACACUGGACUGUCACUGCCCCUGUUAUGGGUAGUCCUUCGCUGAACAUCGAAGCUGUCCAGUUGCGUAUGGAGGCCCUGGAGCUGAUGGUUGCAUCUUUGCGUCGGCAGCUGAAUCAGCAAGUCUCCAACGUGAAAACUCUCCAACACAGCUGCUCCCAGUAUGAGGAGUUGCUCAAAAUUUCUCAGGAAAUACGUAAUUGUCCUCAUGGAACCAAAGGUUCUGGACCAUCCUCACAAGAGCUGGUCAGCACUGAUGGAAUCUUGAUAUGGAAGGUAGAGAAUUUCUCCAAACUCCUGAAGGACGCCAAAAGUGGGAAAAGACAAUCCAUCUUCUCUCCAGCCUUCGCCACCCAUCCUUUCGGAUACCGCCUCUACGUCCGACUGUACCCUGAUGGAGACGGUGUAGGCAAGGGUGGCCACCUUUCACUCUUCCUGGCUUUGGCCAAAGGGCCUUACGACGACAUUCUGCCUUGGCCUUUCCGACAAAAGGUCACCUUCUCUCUCUUGGAUCCCAUGCGAAGGAAGUCACCUCUGGUGGAGACCUUCCUCCCAGAUCCCCAAAGCACUUCUUUCCAGCAACCUCACCAGAGACUCAAUGUGGCCAGUGGAAGCCCUCUAUUUGCCAGCCAUGUUGAGAUUCCCAGCUACCUCAAAGAUGACACUCUGUAUCUCAAAGUAGUGGUGGAUUUGACUGGAAUAGACAUUUAAUGCUGGAAAGAGAUGGAGAGAUUCUAUGGUGAAGAUAUGCUGCAUUUCCAUAACUUUUGAUACUUCAUUUUUUUUAAUCAAAUUGUUUUUUUCUUUACUAGCACCCAACUGUGUCAACCACAAUUUCUAUUUCAAAACAGAUCAUCAUCUGCUUCUCAGAAUCAUCUAAAACCUUAUUGUUUUGGCUUGAACUCAUGGGAAAUCGAUCCUUGAUUAUGCUCAGACUGAGGUUGACCAUCCUCUAAACUUUACAGCACUUAUGGGAUUUUUAUGGACAGCUAUUGGAGAACGUCUGUUAAAUGCAGAGAAAUGUGGGAAAUGUUUUUCGGUGGACAAGAAUGUUAAAUGCCUUCCUGAAUAAUAGCUACUAUAUUUAUCUGGGGGGGAAAAAGACUAGCUUUCUCCAGAUCAGAACAUUACCAUGGGACAAUUGUGGAUUCACCAAGAAUUGGUAAACCAGGGAGAUUUUGCUAUCUAUUAACCUGUGAUGUGGAAAUCCAAAGACAUGUUUCUUAUGGACAAAGUAGAAUAAUUUGUAAAAAAAAUACCCAAAGUGCAAAUGUUCAGCUCUUUUGUUACACUGCUCCCAGUUUGUUAAAAUACACGUUUGGCAUAAAAAAUACGUUAAAAAUAGAAAGGUUUUCCAUUGAUGACCCUUUGUGAUAAAUUAUUAUGUAGGGGAAUUACAACACAAAAUAGGACAUUUGGAGUGGUAUAUUGUAUGUGUGAAUUUGGGCAGGUGUUUUCCUAUUAAACUUUAGCAUGGGUUGAAUGAACCUGAUUGUUUUAAAAUGCCAGUAUUGAUUGUUAAUUAUAUCAAUAGCACUAUUUAUGGAAAAGGGACUUUGCAAUAACAACUAAGGAGUUUAAGUUGAACAUCCUUGGUCUUGACAUUUCUUUCUACCUCGCAUUCUUAUUUAUUAACAACUCUGGUAUUUAUUAUAUAAGAGUACCUGUGUACUGAUAUUGAAUAAAACAUUAAAGUGUAUUUAUAUGAUUGAUGAAAAGUGUUUUAUGUUGAUAUUGUAGGAGAAGAAAAUAAAGU